AGCCGGAGGCGAGCGGCUGGCGACACCAUGGCGUGCGCAGGGCUGCUCACUGUGUGCCUGCUGCGGCCGCCCACCGCCCGGGCCCCACGAACGCCCGCGGCAGACGCUGGGCCCGCCGGACACGCUCUCUUCCAGGACGUGUUCCGCAGAGCAGACAAGAAUGACGACGGGAAGCUCUCGUUUGAGGAAUUCCAGAAUUACUUUGCCGAUGGUGUCCUCAGCCCAGGGGAGCUGUGGGAAUUGUUCAGUGGCAUUGAUGGGCACCCCAAUGACAACCUGGAAACAGAGAAACUGUGUGACUACUUCUCGGGACAUCUGGGAGUCUACCAGCCUGUGCUGGCUGCACUGGAGGCGCUGAACCGCGCAGUGCUCACUGCCAUGGACACCACCAAGCUGGAGUAUGAGCGGGCCUCCAAGGUGGACCAGUUCAUGACACGCUUCUUGCUGCGGGAGACUGUGAGCCAGCUGCAAGCGCUGCAGAGCUCGCUGGAGGGGGCAGCAGACACCCUAGAGGCCCAGGCCCUCAGCCUGCGGUCAGAUGAAGACAGCAGCCCAGUGCAGAGCAGGCCGCGUGUUAACCGGCGGGCAGGGCGCCGGGCCCUGAGGAUGGUCACUCGGUCACCCACCUGGUCUCCUGGCUCCAAUGACACAGGUGUGUCUGAGGCAGGACCCAUGCCUGAUACCUCACUGCUGGUCUCCCCAGGGCGGAGCUCCGAGGCCGAGGCACAGUGGCGGCUCCAGGUCAGCCGUCUCCAGGAGCUCAUCAACCAGCUCGAGUUCAAGGCUCCCCGGCUAGAACCCCUGCAGGAAGAGGACUCGGCCAAGGAGCCUGUCUCGCAUAUCCUGGUGGCCCAGAGGCAGGUGCAGGUGGCCGAAGAGGCUCUGCAGGACUUCCACCGAGCCCUGGGCUGCUACAUGGACUUCACAGGGGCCCAGAGCCACUGUCUGCAUGUGUCUGCCCAGAAGACGCUCGACAAGGCCUCCUUCACGCUGUAUGAGUUCUGGCAGGAUGAAGCCUCCUGGAGAAGGCACCAGCAGUCGCCCUGCAGCAAGGCCUUCCAGCGCGUCCUCAUCGACCACCUGCGGGCUCCGGACACCCUCACCACCGUGUUCUUCCCAGCCUCCUGGUGGAUCAUGAACAACAACUGAGCCUGCCCUAAGCUGAGGACCCUGCCUGCUUCGCCAGCUGUUGGAAGGUCCUUGGGGCACUGGGCCGCUUGCUUCCUGUGUCUCCAGCAGCAUAUUCUGUUGUCUGUAGCUUCGGUCUCCAGGGCCCUCUGGCUUCCUCCCGGCUCAGGAGGUGUGGAUGCUGGUUGCUUCUGCCCUGCUUUGUGGUGUGACCCAGGGCAAGGUCCCGUCCCACCUGGGCUGCCUGGCGGGCGGUCCUGUGUUCCUCCUGCUGGCCAGGGGUCUGGCUUUUGCUUGUCCCCAGCCAGUAGCAGAGCCAGGGCUGAAGCUCAGGGAACCCUCAAUCCCUCAUACCUCAUCCAGAGGCAGGACUAGAUCAGUCUGCAGAGUGGGGUAAGGACCUGGCUGUCCCCAUCACCUUCCUGGACUGCCUCUAGACUUCUAGCACCCCUGUCUGCCACAGACACCUGCCGAGGAUCCUGGGUUGGACUGCAUGUUAUUUGCAUAGUAUUUGCAUGUUCUCAUCCCACUCAUUCUCAGGGCAUUGUGAGAAGCCCCAAGGUGACCUUGCCAAGUAGCAAUAAUUUGGGCCCAGAACUGCCUGCUGUCCUGAGACUUCUGAACCCCAGCCCAGGACUCCAACAGAGUCAAUAAAGGCAGCAGUCACCUGGCAUUGCCUCCUGUCUUCUGGGCAGGGCCAGGCCCCAGAACCUAUGU